UGUUAUAAUUAGCUAAGGACUAAAAAGUCAUCUCCGCAUUACUGCGCGACGCGUUACAGACGUCCUGUGUGUACCCAGCACCAUGUCACUGAUUGCCUGAGGCUCACACUGUGCAUUACUGAGAGACGCGCUGCUUAUAUACCCCACUGCUACGUCCCCGGUACUAAAUAUACCCCAACUGCCGGGGCAAGCACUCAGCUGUCAGCGCACUGUGCCACACUGCCGUAAGGCGAGCCUGACGUCGUAAACCACACCCCGGCUGAUGGUGUCCUGGCUGCAGGUUCGCCUGUCUUGUGUUGUUGAUACAGCAGUAGUCGGGGACGGGCUCCCUGAAGAUGGAUGAGGAUGAAGGAGUCAGAGAGCAGCGGCAGCUGAGCAGCGGCCAUCAACCCACCCUGUGGUUGGAUAAUACAGUAGAUUUUGCCUCAGCCUUUCACCAACACUUGGCAAAGUAUGUCACCCGCAUAUACACAAAUGAUGGAAUGCGGCAGUCACCAGAGGAAAAUCAGGAAGAGAUGGCUCAAGCCUAUAUUCUUACAUCACUAGAGGGGUAUCUGUUCGGAGAAGACCCCAAAGUCUUCAUGGAAAAACUGCGGGAAAGUGAAGCACCUCCUCUUUGUGGCAAAGUGUUUAGAGGAGGGGAGACCACCUAUUCCUGCAGGGACUGCGCUAUUGAUCCAACCUGUGUUCUUUGUAUGAACUGCUUCCAGAACAGCAUUCACAAGACUCACCGAUACAAGAUGCAUUCUUCAAUGGGAGGGGGGUUCUGUGACUGUGGAGACACUGAGGCCUGGAAAACUGGUCCGUACUGCAAGAUCCAUGAGCCGGGUGCUGUGGAUCAGGAUACGGGUUUUCGACUAACUGAGGAGCUAUUGUCCCAGACUAGGAGAGUGUUCCCUGUCGUCAUACAAUACAUUAUGGACAUGCUGAUCUGGGAGGAGGCGAAGUGUCUGCCAGCAUAUCUGAAUACAGGCCUAGAAAAGCCAAACCAUUAUUACUGUGUGCUCUUCAGCGAUGAACACCACUCGAAUGAUCACUUUAUCUACAGUCUUCAAAGAUCCCUGGGUUGUGACAUGAAAGAGGCACAGACACUAACCAGCGUGGCAGAGAGAGAGGGUCGCACAACCGUCAAAGAAGGCACUUUAGAAGAAUGCCAGGAGACCUCAGAGAAACUAAAGACGUAUUCGGAGAACGUCUCUCUGCGGCCUCUCCAUGUGCAAGUGUUGCAUUCUCUGGUAAUGGCACAUCAGGCCGUUGCUUGCCGUCUCGUGAUCUGGUUGAACAAACUCCUGGCCUACUCAAGUGAUUUCCGGCAGAUCUUCUGUCAAGUUUGCAUGAAGCCAUACACAAUGUCCUCUUUAAAGGAGUUGUGCUAUGUCAGUUUGUUAAUACUGUCUGAUGCCAAGCUUCAUAAAGGGUUCAGGAGCAUUCUUCAUGAUCUGAUCUUCAGCAGUUUCUUCAUGGAGAUGGAGUAUAAGAAAUUGUUCGCUGUUGAGUUUGUGAAGUGUUACAAGCAGGUCCAAAAAGAAUACAUGGAUGACGAUCGAGACAGGAACAUCUCAGUGACUGCUAUUUCAGUUCAGGUUUUCACUGUUCCCACCCUGGCUCGGCUGCUCAUCGAGGAACAAAGUGUAAUCAGAGUCAUCACGGAGACGCUUUUGGAAGUCCUUCCCGAAUAUCUAGAUGCAGAUAACAAGUUUAACUUUCAGGGAUACAGCCAGGACCGAUUCUGCAGAGUGUAUGCAAUAAUCUUUGACCUCAAAUACAUCCUCAUAAGUAAACCUACAUCAUGGUCAGAGAAACUACAAGUCAAGUUUAUAGAGGGAUUUCAGUCUCUACUACGUGUUCUGUCGUGCAUGCAGGGCAUGGAGGCGAUAAGUAGAAUGAUAGGACAACACGUUGAGAUGGAUUCUGACUGGGAGGCUGCAAUUUCUAUGCAGAUGCAGCUGAAGAACGUCUUGAUGUUAAUUCAGGAGUGGUGCGCCAGCAACGAUGAUAUACUGCUCAGGACCUACAAGGAGUGUCAUCACAGUGUCCUCCAAUGCAUUAGACCUGUGGCCUCUCAGCAGAAGACACUGAUAGAGAUGUGUGGUCAUUCCUAUAAAAGCUAUCCAUUUAAGGUGUCUAGGGAUGCAGUCAGCAUUCAUCUGCCCCUCUCCCGGAUGCUGGCAGGUCUACAUUCGCAAAUGAGUAGAACGGGUCUCAUCACAAAACUGCCUGAUCUUAUUUCAUUAAAAAAAUUCCAUGUGGAGCUUCUUGUUGAAAGUCCUUUGAGGUGUUUGGUGCUGGUGGGGCAGGUGGCUGCUGAGAUGUGGAAAAGAAAUGGCCUCACCAUAGUUAGCCAGGUUUUCUACUAUCAGGAUGUGAAGUGCAGGGGGGAGAUGUAUGAUAAAGACAUUGUGAUGCUGCAGAUUGGUGCUUCAUACAUGGAUCCAAACAGAUUCCUGCUCAUGGUGCUGGACAGGUUUGAGCUUCAGGAAGCCUUGACUAAAGGGAAGCCUCCCAAAGACAUGGACCUGGCAAGGCAGUGGAACAUUCUAAUUGAGGAAAUGCUGCAUGUGCUUAUUUGUAUAAUUGGGGAGCGGUACAUGCCUGGCGUCAGCAACGUAACCAGAGAGGAAUGUAUGAUGAGAGAGAUCAUCCAUCUGCUCUGUAUUGAUCCCAUGGCUCACAGCGCUAUUGUCAAGGCUUUACCAGAAACUGAAAAUACAGAUAUAUGCUUGGAUAAGUUGAUCAACAAAGUGUCCACAUUUAAGAAGCCGGGAGUAUCUGGACAUGGCGUGUAUGAACUGAAGGAUGAAUAUCUUGGCCAAUUUAAUGUGUUUUUCUAUCACUACACCAAAACCCAGCGCAGCAAGGCUGAGCACACACAGAAGAAAAGACGUAAAAAAGAAAAUAGUUCUGAAGCGUUACCGCCACCCCCGCCUCCAGACUUCAGUCCAGCUUUCCGUAAUGUAAGCAACCUCCUGUGCUGUGAUGUGAUGAUGCACCUUCUCCGGACCAUCCUACAGAGGGCAGCAGGAGAAGAUCCAUUCAUGUGGACAGAAGGCAUGAUACAGAUGGCCCUGCAUAUCAUAGCCCUUGGUUUGAUAGAAGAGAAGCAGCAGCUACAGACGGCUGCCGAGGAAGAAGUAACAUUUGAUUUCUAUCACAAAGCAGCAAGACUCAGCAGCGCGGAUGUCGAUGCCACAAGCCUUGUCAGCAUUCUAGAAAAACUGAAAAGUUUGACACAACUGGAAGCCCAGAAAGAUAUGAUCAGCUGGGUCCGGCAGAUGUUGGAGACUGUGAAAAGACUGCGUGAGAAAUCUGGGCAGACUGCAAUGGCUACGUCACCAUCUGAUACUAGUAAAAUGGAUGAGGGACAGAGCAUCCAAGAGAAGGAAAAUAGGAGACGGAAGGCAGAAGCCGCAAAACUUCACCGUCAGAUGAUCAUGGCACAGAUGUCUGCUCUGCAAAAGAAUUUUAUUGAAACCAAUAAGCUUCUGUAUGACACUACUCAGGAAGUUUAUGAGACCCCCACUACUACCGAGGAGAACUUAUUAACAGCUGAUGAAGGCUCUAAGAUUGCAUUGGGUCCGAAGCGUGGCCCAUCCAUGCCUGAAAAAGAAGUUCUUACGUGCAUCCUUUGCCAGGAGGAAGAGGAAGUGAGGUUAGACAGACCUACGAUGGUGCUGACUGCCUGUGUGCAAAAAUCUACCACCCUAUCCCAGACCCGGGGCAAAGCAGCCACACACUCAGGUGAAACAUUCAGUCCUCUUUUUACAAGCCCGGCGUUGUCCCGUGUAACCCACACAGGGAGCUGCGGUCAUGUGAUGCAUGUGACCUGCUGGCAGAAGUUCUUUGAGGCCAUGCAGAUGAACACACGGCAGCGACUUCAUGUGGAGCUGAUCUAUGAUCUAGGAAAUGGAGAAUAUUUGUGUCCUUUGUGCAAAUGCCACUGCAACACUGUGAUUCCCAUAAUACCCAUCGUAGCACAGCAAGUGAACAGUGCUGAUGCUGAAGCAUUGGAGCAAGUUCUGUCACUUGUACGCUGGUUGGAUGUUGUGAAGACCAGGAUAUCGGGUUACAAUUUGGAAAUCCCAAAAGGAGAAAAGUCAAUCUCACCUGAAUUUUUAAAAAGUGGAGAUGACCAAAGCCAUGAAUUCCGCUCCAUCCUGAGCUUCGGGGUACAGCCACCGCUAAAAUAUUCUGCUAGUACAAAGGAAAUACUGGUCCACUUUGCCACCACUGUGUACCGCGUUGGCCUGAAUGUUCCACCUAAUGAAAGUGACCCACGUCUGCCUAUGAUGGCCUGGAAUACUUGUGCAUUUACCAUCCAGUCCAUUGAGAGUUUACUACAGGACGAAGACAAACCUUUGUUUGGUUCUCUGCAGAAUCGUCAGCAUGCCAAUCUCAAAGCGCUGGUGAAAUUUGCUGAAGCUCAAAGAGUCACAUGUCAUCAAACCACAAUACAAGGCCAUCUGGCGCAGUUGCUGGCAGUGUUCCUGCCAAACAUGAGGCUUGAGGGAACGCCAUCCUUCCUGUCCGUGGAUAUGUUCCAUCUCCUGGUGGGAUCAGUUUUGGCAUUCCCAUCUUUGUACUGGGAAGAAGGUGUGGACCUGCACCCUUCAUCCCUAAUAUCAGCAUACAACCAUCUCUACCUCUUUCGCCUGCUUACUAUGGCUCACAUCCUGCAAAUCAUCUUCACGUCAGCCACAGACACUGUGCCUUCAGCAAUGCAUAAUGAGGGUGAAGAAGCACGUAAUGCAGCCAGUCUGUGCCAGAACCUUUCACAGCUUACCAAUGGCUGCAUAGCAGCAGAUCUUCCAGGCUGGUAUAUUUGGGACUGUGUGAAGAGAGGAAUUGUCCCUUACCUGCGUUGUGCUGCCCUUUUUUUCUAUCACUUACUGGAAGUGACUCCACCUGAUGAGCUGACGUCAUUAGUAACCCCAGAUGAGCAGUUUGAAGCUCUGUGCAGCUACCUCUGUUUACCUACCAAUUUGUUUAUUCUUUUCCAAGAGUACUGGGACACCGUGACACCACUUAUUCAGAGGUGGGGUUCAGAUCCAGCUGUUAAGAGCGUCCUCACUGGUAAAACGACUGCAAUCAGGUACCCAAGGAAACGCAACACCUUAACAGAGCUUCCUGAAGACUACAGUGUCCUGCUCAAUCAAGCCUCGCAUUUCAGGUGUCCAAAGUCUAAGGAUGCUGAGCAGAAACACCCUACGCUGUGCCUGCUGUGCGGAGCCAUACUGUGCUCUGAGAACACUUGCUGUCAGGAGCUGGUGAAUGGGGAGGAACUAGGAGCAUGUACAGCACAUGCUCUGCACUGUGGAGCCGGAGUCUGUAUAUUCCUCAAAAUUAGAGAAUGUAAAGUGGUUCUUAUUGAGGGUAAAACCAGAGGCUACAUGUACCCGGCACCCUAUUUGGAUGAGUAUGGAGAGACUGACACUGGUUUAAUACGAGGGAACCCCCUUCGACUCUCCCACGAGCGAUACCGUAAGCUGUACUUCCUGUGGCAGCAGCAUGGCAUCAUUGAGGAAAUUGCCCGUAGCUUGGAAAAAAAUCCAAUAUUUUCUGCCUACAACUGGAGCAUGUUUUAAAGUUCAUAAACGGGACAUGCUUUGAAUUCUGUAUUCCUCGACAUCCUAUGACUGCACUGUAUGCAAAUAUAUUUUUUUAAGUGACGUUUGUUCUGGUUGAUUCGUACUUGAUUUCCGGCACCAACAUAAAGAAGAACCGCUGUGUUUUAUACUGUAUGUUUACAUAGGUUCUGAGUUUGUCCAUUCAACCAGGUCACCUAUAAGUGUCUCUCUAAUGUGGUGGUUAUUCUGAAUAUUUCUGUGUAUUUCCAAGAAAAAAAACACUUGGUUUUAUAGUUGAAUUAUAUCCAGUCUCACAGAACUACGUUGUUGCUUUCACCUGGAACACAAAGCAGAAGUGGAUUACAUAGAAAGCUUCCAUAGCCCUUUACAAUAUUCCCAUCUAUCUGAGAGAGAAAUGAAUCCAAGCUAAGGGUGUGAUCGCAGAUUGUUAUGCAAAAGAUUACUUUUAAUGUUAGGCGUUAGUCAUUUUGCCCAGGUGUUUUAUAUGUAAUGUGCAUUUUUCCUGUCAUACAGUAGAAAAUAUUUCUGGCCUGAAUCACAUUUUUUUUGGGAGGUGGGGGGGGGUUGGUGAGCUCGUGCCUCAUACCUCAGUAAUUUCACUCCGUAGGGAAUUAAUAGGCUGUAUUUGCUCAUCCCAAGAUAUAGCUUUCUCAGCUGUGCCAGGUGAAAGAAACAAUUAACAACUAUUUGUGUGUCUUCCACAUGGUUUCUAAGUGGCCACAUACAUCGGUCAGUCUGUUGGGCAGAUGUCCGGAUCUCAUCCAGUACUGCCACGUUUUUUUGCAACUAAACUGGGCACUGUCGUGACACUCUGGGCUGAACCGCGAGAUGCCGACACAACUGUAUUGCAUUAUAGAACAUAGUUGCUAGAGUUGUAACAUGCACACAGGGGGGUGGGGGAUAUAGCGACCGUCGGU